AUCUUUAGUGUUUGAAAAAUUAAUUUGCAUUUCUACCCGAGUUAUGCAAUUUGUUUUUGUCUUUCCAAUUAUUGCUUUGGAUAUUGGUACAAUAUAGUCAAAAACAAUAGGACAAAUAAUAAAAAUGGUAUUGAAUUCUUCGUUAUGAGCUAGAGUGAGAUAGUACAAUUGGAUAGCAGUACGAAGUCAAAGAAAUAAUAAAUAAAAAACAAAUACACGAAGAAAGAUAGAUCGAAGACAAGAAUAAAUUUGAGUUUCAAAAGAAAAUAUAAAUUUGUAGUGUGAUUACAUGAAAGUGAGUGAAGAAAUCAGCAACAAACUUAUCGUGAAAGUACGCAAUACAUUUAAAAUAUUCAUAUGCAAAUAAAUCCCAACUAUAAUAAAUACCAAUAAUCAAAAUAUACAACUAACAACGUAAGAUAAAUAAACGGGAAUAGAUGCAAAUAAGUACACACAUAUAGUAUAUGCAAGAAUCUCACAAACGAAACAAAGGAGGUGCAUCUAUAUUCUUCGAUACUCUUGAGACCAGUGACGUUUUAUUGUUUCCUGUUUAAUAAUUAAUUCUUCUAGACCCAAAAUAACCAUAUGCUUUAAUACAGAAACACCUACAAUAUAAUAAUAUUAUUAAAGAAAAAAAACAAAGAAGUAAAAACAAUACAUACAUAUACAAAGAUCCGAGCAAAGCAUAAUAAUUUGUGCGAAAUAAAAUAUUCAGAGGAAAGAGACAAAUUCAACACAGCAAAUCUCUGUCAUCGUGUGGCUAGUGAAACUACAGCAGUAGAUGCGUGUGUCAUAAUAUGCAAAAUAAAGUUUUCUAUAUCAAAAACAAAAGCAAAACAUAAUACGUAACAAAGUAAGGAAUAACAACGAAAACAAAACACUAUAAACACAAAAGUCACAGAAUUAAACAGAAGUGUAUAUUAAAGACAAGUGACAUUGUCGACGUAGGUGGAGUAGUAUUGCAACGUUAGCGUCUCUAUGGAUCGUUUCGAUUUGGAGGAUGUGGUUGCACCGCCAACACACACUGCCGAUGCGCCACUCAAAGAUUGGCGUCUCAAGUAUCAAGCUGGUACAAUAAAAAAUAGUGAUUUUACGGAAUUUUUUCAAAAACAAUCAAGGAAAUAUUUUCAUUUCCGAUAUGAAAGAGAGCAAGAUGCUACCAGACCCAGCUUAAAAAUCAACUUCAACGAGGCUGGCGCCAAGGAGCACAUCAUAAAUGUUCUGAUGGAGUUCGUGUUGGGUGAUAAUCCCACAAUAGUGCUCGAUAAACUGCAACAGGAGGGCAAUACCGCCACGGUGUGUGGCAAAGUAUUCAAGAAUGGCGAACCCACAUAUAGUUGCCGCGAGUGUGGCAUGGAUCCCACUUGCGUGUUGUGUGUGAAUUGUUUUAAACAAUCGGCGCAUCGUUAUCACAAAUAUAAAAUGUCAACUUCAGGCGGCGGUGGCUGUUGUGAUUGUGGCGAUGAGGAAGCAUGGAAAAAGGAUCAUUAUUGUGAAGAGCAUUUGCGCGGCAAGGAGAAUCCCAUCAGUAGUACAAUCAUCACGGACGCCAUACAGGAACGUUGUGAGCUGGCCUUCAAUGCGAUUCUUACAUUUUGCGUGAAUUUCCUAGAAAUCGAACCGAACGCAAGCCUCGAAUGUUUGGACGGCGACUCAGACGAUGGACAAGAGGAGUGCUUUUGCACCGUACUCUACAAUGACGAGUCGCACACAUUCGAUCAGGUCAUACAGACAUUGACGAAAAUUGCCAAAUGCCGCCAGAAGGACGCUAUGGAAAUUGUGGCGAGCAUUGAUCGUGAAGGUCGCGCGGUUGUCAAGUGUGAUAGCUUUAGUGAGUGUCAGCAACUGCAAGAGGCCAUCGAAAAACAAGCAGUCACCGCAGUACCAGCUAUACCCCAUUCACGCGCUAAUCAAUCGCUACGCGUUUCUGUGCUAAAUAUACGAGCUGUGGCUUGCCAACAAUUCGCACUACAAUUGCUCACAUGGUUUCAGGAGUUUCUCAUUAAACACAGCAUUUUUCGUAAGAUAUUCGCACGUCUAAUAAUGGAUCGUAAGUCACCCUAUUGCAUACGACACAUACUCGAAUAUGAUGUGAAGUUGUGGAAGACAGCACGUGCCUGCUGGCAUCGCCUGCUUAUAUCCGGCCUACUGAUGGAGUAUGACAACAAAAUGGCACUGGCGCAAGAAUUCUCCAAACAUUAUGCUUCGAUUGUGCAGGAUUUCAUACGUGACGAUCACGAGCACUCAUGCUCAAUCGUUUCGCUGAGUGUACAGUUAUUUACGGUGCCGAGCAUAGCGCAUUAUCUAAUGGCUAAUGAGGGUAUUUUUCACAAAUUGCUACACACAUUCUAUCAUGCAUCGAUAGAGACUUUCAUCAAGAAUAAAACCUUACAAUUCUCAAAGAACAUUAAUGCGCCGUUUAAACGCGCUGCUUACAUUCUAUACGAUUUGCGCUAUAUACUCAGCUUUAAGCCAGAUGUGUGGACGGAUGCAUUGCGUGAGGGAUUUCUGGAAGGUUGCAAAGCGUUGCUGAAGCUGUUGAACGUGAUGCAGGGUAUGGAGUCGACGACACGUCAAACCGGUCAGCACAUGGACUACGAACCCGAAUGGGAAUGCGCUUUCAAUUUGCAUAUUAAAUUAGCCACCGCUAUAACUUUAGUAUUAGAAUGGUGUGCUACUGAUUUGGCUGUACUGACUAAACUUUAUCAAAUGGUAAUGCGUUAUCUCGUUACAAAUACUUUUAUUGUGGAUACCACAAUUAAGAGAGAAGAGCGUCAUGUUGCCGGCCAUGUAGCCGAAUGUAUAAUCUACGAUGUGGCUUCACGACCCGUUUCCAUACAUUUACCAUUGUCCCGCUUCUUUGCUGGCAUAUAUUUGCACUUGGGCUCAUUCGGUUUGACCUUUGAUAAUGCCGUUGCUGGCAACAAACGCACGCCCGAGGAGAUUAUGGAGCCAAUAUUAUGCACACAAACAAUGAUUGCUCAGGUGCAUGCUGCCAUGUGGCGUCGUAAUGGCUACUCGCUGCUCCAUCAGCUGUACUUCUAUCGUAUUGUACGCUGUCGCACCGAAAUGUUGGAUCGUGACAUUAUCGGCUUACAGAUUGGUGCCGCUUUAAUCGAAAGCAACCAAUAUCUGAUACAUAUAUUAAAUAAAUUCAAUUUAAUCAAAUGGAUACAACCGGAUUAUGAAAAGAAUUCAACUGCACAAGCGGUGGAUGAUGACUUUCUCUUACCGAUGAUUGAAGAAUUUUUAGAAUUACUCAUCGUAAUCAUUGGCGAACGUUAUGUGCCCGGUAUAUCGAAUGUGGCGGAAGAAGAUCGCACCAAAAAGGAAAUAAUACAAUUGCUUUGUAUUCGACCAUAUUCACACUCCGAGUUGAAUCGCGCUCUGCCCGAUGCGCUCAAUGAAACAGCCGUGGAAGAUGUUAUCGAUACUGUGGCAGUUUUCAAAAAACCACAGAAGUCAGACGCUAGAGGCGUUUACCAGCUCAAAGAAGAUUUGUAUGAUAAUUAUAAUAUGUAUUUCUAUCAUUACACCAAGGAAGAAAAGUCCAAAUCGGAGGAGACACAACGUCUGCGUCGUAAGAAUAAAAACGAACUCGUUUGUUGCCCACCCCCCAAGCUGCCCAAGUUGACCGAUGGAUUUGUCUCUAUUGCUAAUCUGUUACAAUGUGACGUUAUGAUGACGAUAUUAACAACUGUGUUAGAUCGUGCAAUCGAUCUAACCUCAAAUAGUUUUGCGGAAAAUCAUUUACAGGAGGUACUUUUUCUAAUCGGUUAUGGUUUGCAAGAGGAACAAUCGGGCUAUUAUCCAUUUCUUUCAUUCUACGAGCAGUCACAAAAAUAUAAUAUGCUAAAUAAAUUAGAAGAACUGUCGCGUAGUUCUCGGGUUGAGGCUCAUCGCGAUUUCAUACUCUGGACAAUACAGAAAUUCAAGGAGUUGCAGGCCAAAGGCAAAGCUAACGAAGCAGAUGACCUCAGUACAAUGUUGGCAGAAGGUGCUGAAGCAGUCGAAAUAUCACGACCACUCACCGCUGCUGAAAAGGAGAAGCAAGAGAAGGAGGAACGUGCACGUCUGGCUGCCGAACGUCGCGCUAAAAUAAUGGCACAAAUGCAAAAUGCCCAAAAUAAUUUCAUGAAAUCGAAUGCAGAAAUGUUUGCCAGCGCUAAUGUACAAGCGACCGGUAGUCGUGAUACAACAACAGCAAUGGAAUGGCAAGAAGAUGUUUCGAAUAUGGACGAAGAAGGUGCUGUAGCAUACAAUUCACAGGCUUGCUUGGGCGUGGAGCGACGCUUGCAGCAGCCAGAAGAGCAGAGUUUCAAAUGUAUACUCUGUUUUGAGGACUGCACCGUAAGUAAGGACGGACCGACACUCGUAUAUUCGGCUUUCGUACAGAAAUCGAAAGUAUUGCCACCCGAUGCAAAAAAUGCAUGCUCAGUACACACAAGCAGCUGUGGUCAUGUGAUGCACAUUAACUGUUGGCAAGAAUACUAUACUAACGAAGAGACAAAAGAACAACGAAGGCCACAUCGCAAUCGUCAACCGUUUCCACAAGCAUCACAAAACACUGAAUUUCAGUGUCCAUAUUGUCGUUGCCUAAGUAACUCAGUGUUGCCACUGAGUGCACCGCUAUCCAAGUACUCAAUGCCAUUGGUUAUUCAUAAAGGCGAGGAUUUAUUCCCCAUCGAUAUGUGGAUUGAGGUUAUGAAAACAUUAGGUGAUGAAUUGAUUUUACCCCCAAUUGAGGGCAAUUUCGAUCGUGUUUUACCACCGACAGACACAAUAUUGUCGCGCGCUAAUUUGUACGCCAAUAUCGCACAGUUCGAGCGUAUCGCACAACCCAUUGAUAAGUUAGAACUACCGGCUAGCUGGAUAACUUUUGCUCAACGCUAUAUCAAAUCGAUUCGGCAACAUGCGCCAACUGAUUUUGACGAGUCUGAGAAGGAUGGCUUCUUGUGGCUGAUACAUACUUGUAUCUAUACAGUGCGGGCGCUGGAAGUUCACCAUCGUGCGGUAGCUAAACCGUUUAAGAGUGAAAUGUCCAUACGACAAAAGAGUUGCAUUAGUGGGUUGGUGCGUGCGUCAUGCUUAUAUGGCACAAACUUGACACACACCGAUGUAACAAAUCUGAAACCCGCUGUGGCCGAGUUAUUGGACACAGUCUUCAAGCAAAAGGGCAGCUGUGUUUUGGAAUGGCGACCUUUCAGCAUGAUGGUGCAAAUGAUAUGCAUGGUGCCGAAUAUACUUUUCUCCUCUUCGCACAAAUCUGUUGUGGUCAAUGGCAGCAUGCUGGACUUCUAUGCAGUGCAGUUAUUCUUUCUCGCUAAUAUGGUGAAGGCAAUUGUGCUCUUCCAACCACCAGACAUGGAUGUCGACGAAGACUACGACCAGGAAAUAAAACAGUUACCACAAAAAAUACGCGACAACAUAGCAGAAUUUUAUCGUAAAUAUAAUUUUGUUGCUCGCCAACAAGCGCACGCAUAUAUGCAACAACAAACACAGACUCAGUCACAAUCACAGGCGCCAGCAAAAUCCGAAGAGGCAUUAUUACAGGAAACACAGUCAACAGAAAUCAAUCCCGAUAUCGAAGUAUCGAUGCAUGAAUAUAAUGCUGAUAAUGAAUUUAAGGUAGCGUGCGAUUUGGGCACUAUCGCCGCACUGUAUGCUCACAUCAAACAGCAAAUGAGUGAAUAUUUACGUUGUUGUUGUUUGUUCUUUCACUUUGUCACCGAAGUGGAAUUCCCCGAUGAAUUUCUUACCGAAUAUAGUGACACAUAUGAAAAUAUGUGUAAAUAUUUAGGCUUGGAAACCGGACUGGCAGCAUAUUUCGAUAGUGCCGGCUGCUAUGCAUCCAUAUUAGAGAUAUUUGCCACCCACCCCGAUUUGGUGUACUGUGACGUGACAACAUUGAAGAAACGCUGCGGCCGUAAUUUCGAUUUGGUGCCCUGCACUCAACCUGUGCCAAGAUUAGUAGAUCUACCCGAAGAUUUUAGCGAUCUUAUAAACAGUGUUUCGGACUUCAUUUGUCCGAAUAAUAAGCGUGAAGAGAUGAAAACCCCAACGAUGUGCUUGAUAUGCGGCAAAAUAAUAUGUGCACAAUCAUUCUGCUGUCAACCGGAGUUGGAAGGUCGAAAUGUGGGCGCUUGCACUUAUCAUGCCAAUUCUUGCGCUGCAGAAAUUUGCGUUUUUCUACGCAUACGCGAUUGUCAAAUUGUGUAUUUGGGUCGUAAUAAGGGUUGCUUUGUGUAUCCACCAUAUCUGGAUCAAUAUGGCGAGACUGAUCAGGGCUUAAGACGUGGCAAUCCGUUGCGCUUAUGUCCGUUGCGCUAUAGCAAAAUACAACUAAAUUGGCUGAGUCACACACUGCAUGAGGAAAUCGCCCGACUCAAUGAUAAUACGUCCGUUGUGGCAACACAGUGGCAUCACAUGUAGUCUUUUUGGUCGCGGCCAACACAAAAGUUGUACCAGAUAUGAUGCGCUGGACACUGAAGCGCAACCGGAACGGCGUGAGCAAGUUGGCGACUUAUUACAUAUGUGAUUUAUGUGUGUGCGCGCUAAAGCAAUCAACCUUAUCGGGAAUAUUUUAGCGUGACUUCUUUUGUCUAGUACUAAUUUAGAAAUAGAGGGAAGAAAACAUUGAAAUUUCAUUCCCGCUACGGUUGUAUAGGUUUGCCUUUUUCAUUUUGUAAAGAAAUAUUUUUUUAUUUAAUUUAAUUUAUUAUAAACUAAUUAUAAUAAAUGCAGCUGAGAGCUGAAGUGUCUGUUAGCCAAAAAUAUAAAAAUACCCCGUGGGGCAGUUUAGUUGGUAGUGAAUAAGAUAAAAUCGCAACGCUUUUCAAGAUACACACAACGUAUACAUAAAUACAUAACAUAAAAUACAUACAUAUAUUCUAUAAACAUUAACUGUGACUGUUUAACGCAUCUACAGAAAAAAAACAAAAAAUUAAGAAGUUUGGUAUAAACGAAAAACUUGAAUAGGCAAAAUAAAAACCUAACUGCACACAGUACUUUUCUGGCACUCGUUAGAACUUUCGCUCUAUAUGCAAUACUACUAUUUACAAAAACAAAAAA